UCCGUCAAAGGGAAACAAUUCGCCAAAAUGGCGCACCGAGUAUUUUGUAGUUUAAUAUUUUUAUUGAUUUUAUUAUUUGAAUACUCGUUUGCAGUAAGGAACAAAAACCCAUUCCAGUACCAGGAAUGCCUGCUAGAUCACUCUCUGGGGGUGGGUAAGGACAGUGUGUCAGGCAAUGCUCCGACCGUGCCCGACAGCGCCAUCUGGGCCUCCUCUCAUACCACAGACAGGAGGCUGCCUCAUAUGGCCCGACUGGAGGACCCUACAGGUGCAUGGACAGCAUCAGUACAGAACUCCCAGCAGUACCUCGGAGUAGACUUGGGGGCGGAGUUCAUAGUGACUCGAGUUUUCACUCAGGGUCGUCAGGGUAGCGAUGAGUUUGUCACAGAAUUCACCCUCGAUUACUCAAUGGACAACAAGACUUGGGCAGAGUACACAAAUGAAUUCGGUCUUCCAGAGAUCUUCACUGGCAACAGUGAUGGUAACCAGGUGAAGAGGGUACCACUGAUGUACCCAGUGAUCGCUCGCUACAUCAAGUUCAGACCCCAGAGGUGGAACCAAUUCAUAUCUAUGAGAGUGGACGUGUUAGGCUGUGCCUAUUACUCUGAAGCUGUCAAAGUUGCUGCCAAUGGUUACAUCACAUACAAUCUGGCCAACAUGCGGAAUACACGUACCGAGUCAGACCUCUUCAUCAUGCGCUUCCGAACCACCAAAUCCGAGGGGGUCCUGUUCUACGCCGAUGGUAACCAGGGAGAUUUCCUUGCAUUGGAGCUGAAACGAGGAUACCUUCAUUUCACCAUUGACUUAGGCUCCACCCAGCAAGUCUCCGGUCAGACCCAUGUUGUUGGGGCCAGCAUGCUUGACGACGGACGCUGGCAUGACCUCAUUAUCACCCGCAACAGAACCACAUGUACCUUGAUAGUCGAUAGGCUCAUCUCGCGCUUCGAAACCAAUGGACUUUUCUAUAGACUGGAUCUUGAUAAGAUGAUUUUCCUUGGUGGUGUAGAUACAUUCAAUAAGAAAGGUUUGACAACUCGAUACAAUUUUGAUGGCUGCGUUGACUUUGUGCGCUUCAAUGGGAUUGCAAUGAUCCGAGACGCAAAGGCUCAGGGUGGAAACCCAGGACUGUUCUCAGUGAUCGGACCCGUUGAUAUGCAGGGAUGCAAUUUAAGAACAGAAGUCCCAGUCACAUUUACCUCCCUUGAGUCGUACCUGUCUGUAACGGGAACCGGUAGUACAGGGGGUACAGUGCGAUGCUCGUUCCAGUUCCGUACACACGACGAGGAUGGUCUGCUCAUGUACCAUCAGAUGACAGAGCUUGCUGAAGUCAGGGUUCGCCUGGACAGAGAUGGGUUUGUUGCGUACAGAGUGGCAACUGCUGAGGGCCACAUUGUGGAAGACGUUGUGAGAAACAUUGACAUCGAUAGCCCCACCCAGGCGUUCACAGACGGCCUGUGGCACCAGUUCGAGAUCAUGAUUGACGCCACGAAGGUCAAUGUCACAGUGGACAGGAACGUCAAGGUCUCUAACAGGCAGAUGAGGAUCGUACCCGGCACUGACUACUUUAUUGGUGGGAGCACUCUACAUGCUGGUUUCCGUGGUUGCAUGCGCAACAUCAUGGUUGCUGCGAUGCCAAUUGACUUUGGGAAUCCAGUCACAGCGGUGAUGACCGUGAAGACCAACCUGGUCACGGUGGGCUCAUGUAGCAUCAAGGACAGGUGCACCCCCAACCCUUGCGAGCACAGUGGGGUCUGCACGCAGGACUGGAACAACUUCUACUGCAACUGUGACAAGACCGGCUACAAGGGGGCCGUCUGCCAUAUCUCUUCGUAUCAGCCAUCAUGUGAGAUGCAUAGUCAAUACACAAUCAUGGACGGCCAGGAGUAUGUGACCAUAGACCCUGAUGGUUCUGGACCCAUCAGCCCAUUCCCUGUCGUCUGUAAUGGAAAGACUGGCUCCACCGUUCCCGUGGAGACAUGGAUCCGUCACGACAGCAUGGGGCUGAUAACUGUAAACGGAUUCCAGGCACCUGACUACUACGUGCGCAAGGUCGUGUAUGAGACGGACAUGGCCGGUCUGACGGAGGUUAUUGAACGUGCGGUGAGCUGCAAGCAGGAGAUCACAUACAAGUGCAACAACUCUCGCCUCAUGGAGGAUGUGUCUGUGUCAAGUGGAACCCCAGGCACUGGUGGUGUGAGCAGUGCUAUGAGGAAAACAUUUGGAUACUGGGUUGGCCGAACGUUUCAGGACAUGCACUACUGGGGUGGCGCCGCUCCGGGGACAUUUAAGUGUGAAUGCGGCCUGACAGAGAAUGGCUGCAUGCGCGGCAAGACCUCCUGUAACUGCGACUCUUUGAUGGACACUUCGGACAGCGGGCUGCUGCUUCACAAAGAUUACCUCCCUGUACUGGAGAUGCACUUUGGAGACACUGGCACGCUCUCUGACAACAAAGUGGGGCAGCACGAGCUUGGGGAGCUGAUCUGCGCGGGCGAUAACAUGCUGGACAACGUGAUCACGUUCCGUAAGGCAGAUGCGGUGCUGGAGUUUCCCACAUUCGACGGUGACAAGGCGGGUGACAUCUGGUUCCAGUUCAAGACGACUGCUAUGGACGGCGUGAUGAUACACAACACAGGCGAGACAGAGAAUGACUUCAUUCAGAUACGCAUGAUCAAUGGAGACACAAUCCAGUUCCGUUACAAUGUGGGCAACGGUAUCCAGGUGCUGGAAUACAAGACAAUCAAUGGACUUGACAACGACAUUUGGCACACGGUCCAUGUGGAGAGGAACCGCAAGCAGACCUGGCUCAGGGUUGACAACUUCCCUGAAGUGGUGUUCAAUGAACAACAGGAUGAGAUUACGCGAUUGCUGGAGUUGACCGGCCCUUUGACGGUGGGAGCGGCAGUUGACUACCGGGAUGGUUAUGUGGGUUGCAUGCGCGGUCUGCGCGUGAAUGGCGUUCUCAUGGACAUGAGGGGCCAGGUCAACCGAGGUGUGGUCACGUAUGGUGUGCAUGAAGGUUGUAUUGGAAAGUGUGCCAGCAACCCGUGUUUCAACCAGGCUACAUGCAAGGAGGGCUAUGAUCGCUACACAUGUGACUGUGCCUACACGCCUUUCAGAGGAUAUAUGUGUUUCAGAGAGGUGGGUGUUAACAUGCAGCCUAACUACAAGAUCAAGUACACGUUUGAUGAGCUGCAGGGCCUCUCAUCCUCGGACUUUCAAUACAUCCGCCUAGGCUUCAUCACCAAAAAGAAGCAGGGCAUCCUCAUACAGCUCAGGAACGAGGCGAACACCGAGUACAUCUCCAUGGAGAUCAACAACAACGGUGGUGUGAAGUUUUUCCUGAGUGUUGGUUUUGAGCCGUGGGAGUUGAACACUGAGGUGAACAAUAUUGAUCUGACCAAUGGACAGGCCCAUGAGGUUAUCAUGCGCAGACUAAACAAUGGCAGGAGGGUCCACCUGCAGGUGGAUAACUACCAGCCGGUAACCAAGGAUCUGGGUGAGAGCAUCUCAGAUACAAUUUUGGACAACCCCAAGUAUCUCUUUAUUGGAAACAACGACACAUCAAACACAGCAAAGGGGUUCGAGGGCUGCAUCUACCGUAUGCAGAUUGACAACCUCUACCCCCUGAAGAGAGCCUUCCAGGACCCGAUUCCAGACUUCAUCGAGCCUGAGCCCAGAGACAAGAUUCGUGAGGACAUGUGCGGUUUCGAGGAGAUAACCCGUGAGGCUGACCCGCCCGAGGCUAAACCUUACGGGCCCACCUACGUGAACAUCACCCUCCCCCCACCCCCUGCGGACCGUACCCAGGAGAACCAGAUCAUCAUUGGAGUGACGGUGGCCGGAGCGUUCCUCAUCUUCCUGAUCAUCCUGCUGCUGUUCUUUAUCUACUUCCGUCAGAAGGGAGACUACGAGACUCGGGAGGCCAAGGGUCAGCAAAAUGCAGACAAUCCAGACGCUGCCAUUGUCAUCAACCAGACAGGUGUGACCGAGUUGUCCAAGAGGCAGGAGUGGUUCAUGUAGCAUUUUAUAUCUGUUUGCAUCGCUUUAUUGUAUAUGAAAUUUCACUUUUUCCUGCUGUUAUCAAAAAAGGAUUUGUUGGACAAAAGGUAUUGACAUUCCUGAUUUUGAUUCUGUGUUAAUGAAUUGUCAGUUAAUUUAUCCAAGAAACAGAGGAAUGGUUCAUGUUACGUUGAGGGAAAUAUCUUUGUGCAUUACUUUAUUGUAUUGGAAAUUUCAUGAUUUUGCAUUUUUGUCCUGCUGUUUUAGUUAUGAAUUGGUUGGACAAUAUGUACUAACAUUCCUGAUUCUGGUUCCUUCUACCGAUAUAUGAAUGAUCUGGUUAUUUGCACUCAAAAGUAAAGCAGAACCUUUAAGAGCCUGAAAUAAAACUAGUUGGUUUCAUAUGCAUGUCGUCUGAACAUAAUGGUAAUGUCAAGUCUGUAUAACUUAUACACGCACGCUCCUGUUUGUGAUUACAUAUUGAACUCAAAAGCAGUGUAAAUAGUCAGAACGAUUAAAAGAGUUUGCUGUAUAUAUUUCUUUUAAUUAUUCAAAAAAUAAAAACAUAAUUUUAUUUUACUUUUACUUACUCUUUUCCACUUUUGUGUAAAUAAAAAAAUGAUGUAUGCUACCCCUUUCAAGUUAAUGUGAUCAAUAUAAGAGAUCUGAAGGGCACAUAAUGAUUGAAAAUUUCAUUUUGUUUCAUUUUAAUUCAUUCCAAAUAUUUGUAGAUCAACAUAUUUCGAGAUCGGUAUUGUUAAUAUUGUAGUAUCUUUUUACAUUUUCAGAGCAGAAAUAUUAAGAUAGCAAUUUAUUUUUAUACUUGUAGAGUAGCUGUCCUCAUACGAAGGUUGUGAAUCUGUAACAUAUCACUUUAUAGCACUGUUGUACUUAUGUUAGAAAUAGUGAGAGCAAAUGGAAGGGCAGAGACCUCUGUCCCCAAAUAUGGAUUGAUUUCAUAAAGACAUGAACAAAAAUUCUUACUUGAUUACAGGGACUUUGUGGAAGCAGAUCCUGUUAUACUUGAAUAUCACAAAUUGUUUUGAUUUGUAGCCUGAUUUAAUUCACUUUUAGUCCCAUGGAUAGAAGCGUUUCAGUGCAGAAUAAUAACUAUAUUUUAAUGUGAUUUAUCCAAUUUGAGAUUUGAUGAACAUCAUUGGCAACUGUGUUUUUAGAAGAGUUCAUAUUUUAGGAAAAUGAGGUUUUCAGAAUUGGAAGUGCUUCUUGGUCAACACAUAUAUUCUUAGGAUCAAAUUUUUACUCUAGUAUAAACUUUUUUUUUCAAUAAAAAUGAGAAAAAUUUCCUACUUGUUCAUUAGGAUGAGUUCUCCAUUCAUAAUGCAUCGUGUCAAUCAAACCGGGUCCACCUUUUGGAGACUAUUUACCUUUGAUUUUCCAAAAGCAAUAAAUAGCUAUGGUUAAAGUGCAGUUCACAAGAUAUGGUUUUUCAUUUACACAAUUUACUUUCAUAUUUUACAUGUACAUAUCUAAAUCUGAACAUAUCACUUUUACUGUCAUGUAUUGUAUAUAGUAGCUGCUGUUUAUAUACAUUGUAGAUACCAUUUUUAUACUCUUCAUACUUGUAAAGCUUGUAAACAUGUACAUUGAAAUGUCAUGAAUGUAUUGUGUUUAUAUUAUAUGGUAAAAUUUGAUCCAGGCACAUUAAGGUACUAACUAUGUAGUUAUUAAAAAAAUCAUUUGUACACAAGAGUUAUUUGUAUUUUUAAAAUUCAAUACAAUUUGCAUUCCAAUUGUUUUCAUAAGUAUCAAUAAAACAUAAAAUAUA